AUGUGGGCUCUCUAUUUUGGCGCUCUAAUUGUUGGCGUUUCGGCGCAGGUCUUCGGCGCCAUCGACCUUGGAGACACUGGCUAUGGUGGAGCACCGGUCGUCCAUACGGACCCUACAGAGGCUACACCUGCAACAUCGACUCCGACUCCUGCUCCGACUACCGUAACCACCCCGAUCUACACCGGAAGCUACGUCCUCAAUGGAGAGUACUGUGAAUGUAUUGAAGACGCCCAGCUGCCUACGUCUAAUAGUGGCGCCAUCCGGACCGGCAACUACGACGACGCCAGAGUCAGGAAUUGCGAUAACAUCUAUACCAGCCGGCCUUACGUGGCCAAUAUGUCGACGGAAGAGUGGAAGGGUCAGGGCUAUCGACUCGCACUCAGCGUCCACUUAUACGCCCAGGAUGGCAAAAUCUACGAGACGAUCACGAAGUGCGUUGACCCGGCACUUUCCUAUGUGGCUAUCACGCGUCAGCGCAGUUGCGUGCGCAACAUGGACGGCCCCGCGAACUGGUUCAUCGAUCUGGAAAGCAAGAUCACGCCGGCGCCAGUCUGGUAUUGGAAAGCUGAAUCCAGCAUUGAUGAGAAUGAUUCGUGUGAGGUGCUA